AUGAAGGUCUUUAUUUUGUUACUCGUAUUCGUUAUAGCAGUAUCAGCUAGGCCGAAAUCAAAGAAGAAGGAUAACGAUCAGGCCCACCGCUAUAGAUACGGAUACAAGAUAAAAGAUGAAGACAGUAACAGACAAACUAGAAGAGAAGAAUCGGAUGGAGAAGGAAAUGUUAGAGGAGUUUACGGAUAUACAGAUGCAGAUGGAAUAUAUCGUCAGGUGGAAUAUACAGCCGGUCCUGACGGUUUUCGGGCAUGGGUUAAAACCAACGAACCGGGUACAGUAAAUGCUAAUCCAGCCGAUGCCGAUAUCGUUUCCGAAUAUGUUCUGGAUGACGAAGAAGAUUGGGAAGACGAUGAUGAAGACGAAGAAGAUUGGCAAGCUCCCACUCAAGCUCCUAAGAAAAAAUCGAAAACAAAUCAAAUAAAAGGGCGCCGUUCUUCAUGGAGGAGUAGUUGGAGAACCGGAACGAGUAAUAAACAUAAUAAUAAUAAGAAAAAAUCGAAGAAAUCCGGAUGGGAUUAA